UCAACUGUCAAUACCGUCACAACAAACAACACGUGCGACCGGUACGGUGCGAGCACAUUCCCGCGUGUGGUUCGCAAAUCUUCCUACCAAAAAUGAAGCUCCUACCGGAGUUAACGAAUUUACGGCCCCAAUUUAAAGAAAUACCAAUCAAACAAAAUGAGAUCCUAUCGAACCUGGGCCGUCCCCAUAUCGACUCGUUCAACUACAUGCUGGACGAAGGUAUCGACGAUUUACUGUGCCGGCUGGAGCCGGUCAUCUUCGAGCUUGCGAACCAGAACCGUGUAACGCUGCGGAUAACGGACAUCCGCAUCGCAUCACCGACCAUCCCCGUGACGAUGUUUGAAGCGGCCGAGAAGCGUGUCUUUCCGACCGAAUGCCGCCAAAAGACGGACACGUAUGCGGGCAUGUGCACGAUCACGCUGCAGUGGGAACUGGACGGGAUUCCGCAGCCCCCGUUAACGCGCGAGAUGGGCCGUUUGCCGAUUAUGCUCCGUUCGAAGGCCUGCAAUCUGCACGGCCUUACGCCGGAGGAACUGGUAGCGCGGGGUGAGCAUGAGGACGAGUGGGGCGGUUACUUUGUGGUGCGUGGCAACGAGAAGCUGGUCCGUAUGUUGGUGACGUACCGGCGCAACUACCCGGUCGCCGUGAAUCGUAAUUCGUGGCGCGACCGGGGAAAGGAUUUUAGUACAACCGGCGUGUUUAUACGCUGCGUGCGCAACGAUCAACAUUCGACGAGAAAUGUGCUCCACUACCUAACGAACGGUACGGCGAAGCUAAUGAUCAACAUCAGCAAAGCGUUAUCGUUUAUACCGGUGAUGAUGAUUCUGAAAGCGCUCGGCAAUCACUCGGACAACGAGAUCUAUCGGAAGCUAGUCGAUGGCUUCGAGGACGAUCAGUACUACAAACGAUGCAUCAUGAACAUGCUGCGCGAGCUGCACGAAGAGGGCAUGCACAAGUCGCAGGAUUGUCGCUCGUACAUUGGCACGCUGCUACGCCCGCUGACCAUGUACCUGAACGUGCCCAAAUGGUACACGGACGAGCAGAUUGGCCACUACAUUCUCGAGCACUGCGUGCUCAUCCAUCUGGACAGCGUGGAGGAUAAGUUCCAGCUGCUCGUCCACAUGGUGCACAAGCUGUUCGGGGUGGUGCAGGGCCGUUACGCACCGGAAUCGCUCGAUAGCGUGAUGAUGCAGGAAGUGCUGCUCGGUGGGCACAUUUAUCAGAAUUUGCUGCGCCAGCUGUGCAUCUCCACGCUGGGCUACGUAAAGUCGAAUCUGAUCAAGCUGUGCCCGGACACAAGCUCGCCGAAGGUCACCUCGCACGAAGUGAUGAUGGCGCUGAAGAACGUGGCCGGCUUUCAGCAUACGUUCACCAUGUUUCUCGCCACCGGCAACCUAACGAAAGCGUCCGAGAUGGGACUGAUGCAAAAUACCGGCCUGGUAAUCAUAGCGGAAAACAUUAACCGCAUGCGCUACAUGUCCCACUUCCGGGCCAUUCACCGUGGUUCGUACUUUCUUACGAUGCGCACGACCGAAACGCGUCAGCUGCUGCCGGACGCGUGGGGUUUCAUCUGUCCGGUGCACACGCCGGACGGUGAACCGUGCGGAUUGCUGAACCAUCUUACCUCCGACUGUACCGUGUCGGUAACGCAAGAUCCGGAAAAGGUGGCCAACAUACCGACCACACUGGCCGCGCUCGGUAUGCUUCCGGUCGGCACGGAAACACUGCGCACCGUGCCGAACGCCGACUGUUACGUGGUGAUGCUCGAAGGGAAGCUGUUGGGCUGGUUGCCCCGUACCAUCGCUGGCCGGGUCGUGCAGAAGCUGCGUUUGCUAAAGAUUGACGGUGAAAUUAUACCCAACCAGACGGAAAUCGCGUUCAUCCCGGCGCGCGAGGGUGGCCAAUUUCCGGGACUGUUCAUCUUUGUCGGACCGGCACGGAUGAUGCGCCCGGUGCAGAAUCUGCUCUGCAACAAGCCGGAGCUGAUCGGUUCGUUCGAGCAGGUGUACAUGGACAUUUGCGUCACGCCGGACGAAGCGUACCCGAACCUGACCACCCACAUGGAGCUGGCGAAAACGUCCUUCCUGAGCAAUCUGGCCCAGCUGAUACCGAUGCCGGACUGUAAUCAAUCGCCGCGCAACAUGUACCAAUGCCAGAUGGGCAAGCAAACGAUGGGUACGCCCUGCCACAACUGGGCCAAACAGUGCAUCGCCAAGAUGUAUCGGUUGCAAACGCCGGCCACGCCGCUGUUCCGCCCGGUGCAUCACGACAACAUCAAUCUGGACAAUUACGCGAUGGGUACGAACGCGAUCGUGGCCGUCAUUUCGUACACCGGGUACGAUAUGGAGGAUGCGAUGAUACUCAACAAAUCCGCCUUCGAGCGGGGCUUUGCGGCCGGCAACAUCUACAAAACGGAGUACGUCGAGCUGACCGGGGAAAGCUUCUUUGUGCGCAAUCCGAAAGAUGCGACCCUGCCGCAGUUUCUCGAUAACGAUGGGCUCCCGUUUAAGGGUGCGCAGCUGACGAAAAACACACCACUUUACUGCUACUUCGACUACAACGACCACAAGUACCAUGUGGUGCGGUACAGCGCCACCGAAGAUGCGAUCGUCGAUAAUGUGAAGCUUGGCUUCCCGCUGCAGGAAAGUGGUCGCGGGGUCGGUCGGGGCGAUAUGUCGAUGGUAUCGCGCCAGCUCAUCCUUACCUAUCGCGUGCCGCGAAACCCAACCGUGGGCGAUAAGUUUGCUUCCCGGGCCGGGCAGAAGGGUAUCUGCUCGCAGCAGUGGCCAGCGAUCGAUCUACCGUUCACCGAGUCGGGCAUGAUACCGGACAUUAUUUUCAACCCGCACGGAUUCCCGUCCCGCAUGACCAUUGCGAUGAUGAUCGAAACGAUGGCCGGCAAAACGGCCGCCUGUCACGGGCUGGUGCACGACGCGACACCGUUCCGGUACGACGAGAGCAACACGGCGAUCGACUACUUCGGUCGGCUGCUGGAACAGUCCGGGUACGAUUACUACGGCACGGAGCGGAUGUACAGUGGGGUGGACGGGCGCGAGAUGAAGGUGGACAUUUUCUUCGGCGUGGUGCACUACCAGCGGCUGCGUCACAUGGUAAGCGACAAGUGGCAGGUACGGUCGACCGGACCGAUCGAUCACCUGACGCAUCAACCGAACAAGGGCCGUUCGAAGGGUGGCGGUGUGCGGUUCGGCGAGAUGGAGCGGGAUGCGCUGAUUUCGCACGGUGCAUCCUUUCUGCUGCAGGAUCGCAUGAUGCACGGGUCGGAUAAGGUGGUAACGCUGGUUUGCCGGCGGUGCGGCACACUGAUCGGGCCGAUGGACAGCGUCACGAAGCGGUUGGCGGUCAAUACGAACGAGCUGCAGCAUACACCGGCUACGUGUAGGCUGUGCGAGGACGAUAAGGAGAUCGGGCAUGUGGAGAUACCGUACAUCUUCAAGUUUCUCGUGUCGCAGCUGUCCGCCAUGAACAUCAACGUGAAGCUGGAGCUUUCGUAUCCGGAUGUGUGAGUGAAAGGCAGGCGGUCGGAUGUGUGAUCGUUCGUUGUUCUUUUUUUCUAAAAAUAGGAAAUUAUAAGAAAUGUAUCUGUCCAAAAGGA